UGCUAGUGCUGGCUGAUUUCAUAUCAUCAGUGUCGCGAAUCUGCACGUUUAAAUUUAAUUUAACCAAUAUUUUUCUCAAUAUGUCUGAAAAAUCGGCUGAAGAACUUAUCACAACUAUCAAUUCAAAUUUAGAUAGUCAAAAUAAUCGUUCUGAUGGUUUGAGACUACUCAAACAAAUUGGAUUUAUCAUUACAGAAGAAAGUUUGAUUAAAAAUUUUCCGCAUUGGAUGAAUAAAUUUACAGCACUAUUAAAAAAUCAGUAUAAUCCAGAAGAUUUAUUUAUACUCAGUAAAACGCUUCUAGUAUUAAUUCAGAGAUGCAAAAAGAUACCUGAACUUGACAAAAAGAUAUCUAUGGAUUUUGUUAAACAUUGGAUAGGUUUGAUCUGUCCAAUAAUACAAAAAGAGGAAAGUGUAGAAGCAUUAAAUGUAUUACAAGUUUUAAUAUUCUAUUAUCCAGAAGCAUCAUUGAAAUUUAAGUCUAUAUAUAGUGAGUUUUUAAGCAAAUGCAUUGAUAAUCAAGAUGAAUUAUUUACCAAUUCAGCUGCAAAAACGUAUGCACUCUUAGUUAGAGCUUCUGAACGCUCUUCUAAAAAUUCAUCUAACUCUUCAACAUAUCAGUUGAGUAAUCCAGCUGGUCAAGAUCCACAUCGGUUUCAUAUUUCCCAUCAAGUGCAUUUAUGUAAGCUUUUAUGUGAUGCAUUUAAUAAACUCGAUAAAGCAACGUUUAAACAUGAAGUUGAAUUUCCUGGCAAAUAUGAGGAAAGUUCAAGUAUGAACUUAUUGAAUUUACCAGAAUUAUCACAGCAAAAUUUAAAUGCAUAUUACUCAGGUCUAGAAACUAGAAUUAUUAAUUUAUGUUUAUUUUUAUCAGAACUGCUAAGAGCACCAAAAAAUCCAUCAGUAAGACCUGGAACAGAGCCACAGACUAUAUUAUCAACCUUGCAAAAAGGUUUGAAGAUUACUACAAAUGAUAAUAAUUUAAUUGAUUUAGUAAACAUUCGCUGUAGCCUGCUCAAUGUUCUAUCAUCUUUGAUCAUAAGAUUUCAUAAAAAAUUAUUAUGCCACUCAUCAGUAAUACAUGAUUUGAUUUUGCAUACAUUAAACUGCUCUUCAAAAUGUACUAAUAAAUCUAGUCGAAGAUUGAGAGGAGCAGCAUAUGAUACUCUGUCAAUUUGGAUUAAAUACACAGGAAUGUUAUCACAUUUUGAGGUUGCAGCUGAGCAUAUUGAAAAGCAUAUAUUUAAUGAUUUGGAAGAUAUGACAAGACUAAAGAAGCAUAAUGAUGAAAAAUGUCCAGAGUUAAUGGAAAAAGACAUUAGUUUUGAUAAAUCCUACAUACCACUUGCAACAAAAGUUCUUCAAGCUGUGCAUUCAAUCAUAUUGAAUGUGAAUUAUAUACUAAAGCCAAUUACCUUGGAAAACAUAACAAAACAAGUACUUGGUUUUUCCUCUAAAAAGUUUCAAUUAAACAUAAAGGAUGAAGAAUUUGAUAAAAUUCUUCUGCAGUUAUUAUGUUCUAUAGAAAAUAUUGAUCAUCCAUCAAGAGGUAGUUUAAUUCAAGAAAUGUUGCCUAUUUUUAAAUCUAUUUGUUUAAAUAAUUGUCGGCUUGAGUUAAAAGAAGAAGCACAAAAAUGCUUAAAUCAAAUUAUGACACGGAUGUAUCCAACCAGUCCAUCACUAGCUGUAAAAAGCUCAUGUAAUGAUGCAUAAUUAGUUAUGAAUGAAAUUAAUAAAUUACAUGUUGAUUUUA